AUGAAAGGAGAUCGCUCCCAGGUGGGGCUGGGCGCGGGGGCGCAGCUGUGAUUUCAGGUCGCCUCUGCCUAGCCGCUGCUGUGAUUUGAGAUCCUCGGGUGGCUGCGACCGGGCGCUGUGGAUGAGCCAUGCUGGAUGUGGCCCCACUCAGAGGCGUCGGGCAUCUGGGGACGCUGGCCGGAGCCGCCCUGCUCUCCACCCUGUGGCUCCUGUGGCAACUCGGGUGGGCCCCCGCGAGGGUCCCCGCGGCGCCGCCCACGCUCACCGUCCUCGUCUGGCACUGGCCCUUCGCCGACCAGCCCCCGGAGCUGUCCGGCGACACCUGCGUCCGGUACGGGGUGGCCCGCUGCCGCCUGAGCACCAACCGCAGCCUGCUGGCCAGCGCGGACGUCGUGGUGUUUCACCACCGCGAGCUGCAGAGCCGGCGGGCCCGCCUGCCCCUGGCCGAGCGGCCGCGGGGGCAGCCCUGGGUGUGGGCCUCCAUGGAGUCGCCCAGCCACACCCGCGGCCUCGCGCGCCUGGGCGGCAUCUUCAAUUGGGUGCUUAGCUACCGGCGGGACUCGGACAUCUUCGUGCCCUACGGCCGGCUGGAGCCUCACGCGGGGCCCGCCCCGCCGCUGCCGGCCAAGAGCGGGACGGCGGCCUGGGUGGUCAGCAACCUCCAGGAGCGGCAGCGGCGCGUGCAGCUGUACCGGCAGCUGGCGCCCCACCUGCGGGUGGACGUGUUCGGCCGCGCCGGCGGGCGGCCGCUCUGUGCCAGCUGCCUGCUGCCCACCGUGGCCCCGUACCUCUUCUACCUGGCUUUCGAGAACUCGCAGCACCGAGACUACAUCACCGAGAAGUUCUGGCGCAACGCUCUGGCCGCCGGCACCGUCCCCGUGGUGCUGGGGCCCCCGAGGGCCACCUACGAGGCCUUCGCGCCUGCCGACGCCUUCGUGCACGUGGACGACUUCGGCACGGUCCGAGAGCUGGCCUCGUUCCUGGUGGGCAUGAACCAGAGCCACUAUCGACGCUACUUCGCCUGGCGGGACCGGCUCCGCGUGCGGCUGUUUGGGGACUGGCGGGAGCGCUUCUGUGCCGUCUGCACCCACUACCCCCGCCUGCCGCGAGACCGGGUCUACCGGGACCUCAAGGGCUGGUUCCAGGCCUGAGCCCUGGCUGCAGGAGGAGGCGGAGGGGGGCGGCUGGGCGCUGGCGGUGUGGGUGGAAGGCUGGAUGUUGAAAUCAAACCACCGGGCAUCCGGCCCUGAUGAGCAGCCGUCAGGUUAACGUGGAGGCUGGGGUCAGAGGCUAGAAAGCAGGGGUGUGGGAGGAGGGGGCCGAUGUGGGCAGGCUGCCUGGAGGAGGCUGGUGAGCACUGGGGUGAGCGUUUGGCGGUGAAGGUGGAGAGCAGGGAGGUAGCGGGGGUGCGUGUUGCUAGUUGAUCACAGACACAGGCUCCCACGACCUCUGAGGACCUCCCUCCCCACCUUGGUGACACGCCGGGCGAAUCGAGGCUGUGCCAGACACGGCGGCGGGGGGGAGGGGGGGAGGGGGAGAAGGGCAGAGGCAGGGCGCUGGGCCUGGGGGGCAUGCCCUCCUGCAGUCUGUAGGGGGAAAGACCGUGCCCCCCGACCUCCUCUGUAACGGACCGCUGGCCCGGGUCGUGCGGGCACAUCACCCUUGCCCUCCAUGGUCCCGGAGCCCCGGUGUGCAGACCUGUGCCAGGCCUGGGGACACCACACAAGCACACCAAGAGCUCGCUGGCCUCUCCCACCCGCGGCCCACUCUAGGGAGGGCAGCUGCCAGUAAAGAAAGAACAAGAAUGGCA